GGUCAAUGGUCUAUUAUCAUGUUAGUCUUGAUCAAACUGUUCUUAGCACAACAUUGUUGCUUGUCUUUGUCUUUAAUUUUUUAUCGAGAUCAAUAAUAAUUUAUUAUAAUAAUACAAUAACUGGUUUGAUUCAAACAGAGCUAUGUACAUCAAGAAGUAUACCGUUAAGUUAAUCUGGAUUUUGGUCUGCUACAAUAUAAGACCAUCGCAGUGUAACAAAGAUGAAACAAAACAUAUCGACAUUGAAAACGAUAAGAUUGAAAAAGAACAAACUACUUCUACACCGACUAAGGUGGAAUCAAGGUUUUUCGAUCUCGGAGGAGUUAUUAACCAACUAUUCCCGGGUUUUAAUCAAGGAGGCGGCGUCGGUGGGAAUCCUGGGCUUAAUUUGCCAUCUAAUUCGCAGUUUUAUCCCGGUGUCCCAGCUCAGAAUUGGCAACCUCAAGCACUCAUUGAUCAAGGGAACGGGUGGUUUCCUAAUCAACAAAUCAAUAAACAACCAACAUCACAAAAUCUAAGAUUACCAUCAAAUCGCAGCUUUAAUCAGCAAGGGUCGAUAAAUAACAUGAAUCAAGCCGAACAAUAUCCCAAUCAAGGUAGUUUCGGCCAGUACCCUGGCAACUUAAACGGUAAUCCAAUAAAUGGUGGGGUAAAUCAAAAUGAUCUAACAGGGAAUUUUCAAUAUCCAGGCUUGCAACAAGGUCAACCUUAUCAACAAAUUCUCUCAAAUAAUAAUAAUCAGUAUCAAGGUCAAUUAACACGUCCCGAUCAAGUUAUGUCGAAUUUAAAUAAUAAUAGACCUGUUGUUGGAAGUGGUGUCAAUUAUCCUAGAGAACAGGUACCGUCUUUGGGUCAAGGGCAAAGUAUGAUUCAAAACCCUAAUGGAGAGAAUACGUUCAAUAAUCAAUAUUACAACCAACCAAUAUUUAACCGAAACUCUCAGAACCCUAAUAAUCAAGGCUUGAGUUUCAGUCCACAACAGCAAAAUCAAAACAAUUGGAAUCAACAAAGCCAAUAUCCGAAUGGACAAUUUCUUGUAAAUGGGGGCGUUAAUUAUCCUCUUAGUCAAGGUACACCUUCGGACCAACAAGAGUCAAAAGUCAGCAACAAAGGACAAAAUAAUAGAAAUACGCCACAGCUUAAUACAAAUACUAAUUUAGCGCAAAACUUCAAUAAUCAAGGUGUAAACAUAAACAAUGACAACGAUAAACCGAAUACCCAAAUUCCUGAAUUUAAUAGAAAUCCUCAAGGCACUCCAUUUUCUGGUCAGCAAACAAUUGUGCGUGGACAAGAAGUUGAUUUGAGCAGCGCAAUACGAUUCCCAAAUGACGAUGACUAUAACGCUAAUGAAAAUAUAAUGACAACAAGAUUUAUGACAACAAUAAGUCCUACCACUACAAUCAGUCCUCUCUAUACGAGAUCUCCUUCGACUAAAAAUGCGAUUGUGGGAAAACCAGUUUUUAUUCCGACCACUACGAUAUCUUCAAGUCAAGUGACAUUCACAGACAGCGAUAUUACAACAGCUUCACAGAAAGAAUGCGUACAAAACUGUCCAACUUCGUCAGAAUACAACCCCGUGUGUGGUACCGAUGGCGUUGCCUAUUUCAAUCCUGGAAGGUUGGUGUGCGCACAAAACUGUGGCAUAAGUGUCUUCGAAGCUCGCCAAGGCAAUUGCUAACAUCAUCAAAAUAAGAAGAAUGACUUAUUAUUAAAAGUCAAUUAAUAUUAAGAAAAAUAAAUGGCUAAUUAUCAAAUCCCUAAUGUUUUGGUUCAUCCCUGGUGGUUUAUCAAAAGAUGAGUUAUCUCUUUUUUUCAAUGCGUGUGAUAUAAAAGGACCUUAUCUAAAGGUACUAUGCUGUAAUUCCAAACUGG